AUGAGGGCGGGCAGGUGCGAGGCCAACUUCAAGAAGUGCCGGCUUUGCGGAGAGCGCGUCCGGCUGGAUGCCAUGGUGGCACACCUGGAAACGAAUGUGGGACAGCACAUGGCAGCUGUGUUGACUCUGUUUGAGGAGUUGGACGACCUCCGGGAGAAGGUUUGGGAGUUUCUUCAAUUCGCAGUUUUGGGAUGCCAGAUCGUUUGGCCGGACACGGCUCCGGAAAGGCAAGCGGGUGAGGAGCCGAUGCAGGAAGGACGUGGGUGGGGCUACGAUGAGUUCGCUACGGGGUGGAGGGAGCCGCUGUGCCGGGUGUUUGAGACACUGGGCGAGAAAGCCCGAUGGUCCUGUUACGAGUGUUUUCUGCCCCCGCUGCUAAGCAGCUUCGGAUGGGGCUGGCAUCCAGUAUGCAACACCUUGGAGAAAGGGCCGGGCGACGUGGGCUCGGAUACGGCUUUGCUUGGCCCCUUGUCGCUGCCGUCGGCGCCCACCGCUGCCAGUCUGGUAGCCGCCGGGGGGCUGACUUACGAGCUGGGAGGUCAGCCGAAGGUUGCCUUCACGCGCGCGGCGCGCGGCCACGCGCGAGAUCGGGCACCACCUCCGUCUGAGUCCGUUGCUGCAUGUUUGGAGAUCACGGCCCUGACAGACCUGGGGGAGGACGAAGUGCAGGCGGCUGCCGAAAGCUGGCGCGCCUUCCUGCGUCCCUGGAGUGUAGGGCUUUCCUUCCGUCACCUGUCCAUCUCGUUUGGCGAAGAUGAAUCGAAGCUACCGAAGACCGGAGCUGGCGAUGGCAUCUUCGUUGUGGGCGCCUCCUCGGAUCGAUCCGCGGAUGUCUUGAGAGUCGCACAGGCCUUGCUCUCGGCUGGACAUAAAUGCCCUGUCCUGGCGUUGGGUUGUGAGGAUUCGCAGACUGUGGAUGUGUUGCCCUGGCCCUCCGACCAGGCCAGAGCAGGGGCCCUGGUGGAUGCCGCGGUCCGACGCGCCUGCGGGCUGGUACUCAGGGAGCGACUGAAAGUUUUCGUCUGCGACUGCGACCAGACGUUGUGGGGCGGCGUGGUCGCCGAAGAUGGCGUUGAGGCCCUCGACAUGACGGGUCCUUUCCACCUGCUCCAGGAGAAGGUGUCAGCAUUGGAGGCCGCAGGGCGACUGGUUUGCCUUGCCUCCCGCAACGAGGAGGAAGAUGUGCUGCGCGUCUUUGCCGACCGGCAAGGCGACAUGGCGCUGCGGCGGGAGCAGCUGUCCGCGUGGCAGGUCCACUGGGGCUCCAAAGCCUUGAGCCUCCGCCGCCUUGCCUCGGAGCUACAGCUGGGACUGGAGGCCUUCGUCUUCCUCGACGACAACCCGGGCGAGAUCGAAGCGGUUCGAUUGGCGCUACCGGAGGUGCUAACCAUCCUCGUGCCCAGCGAAGCAGCGGCGAGCUGCAGGAUGAUCCGAAGCCAUUGGGCUCUCGAUGCCUGGAGCGGUACUCGGACCGUCGAAGAUGCAAGGCGGACGCAGAUGUACCGGGAGGCUGCUCAGCGGAAGGCGGUGCGCAGGGCCUCGACUGACUUUGCGUCCUUCCUGACAUCCUUGCAGGGGGAAGAGUGCGGUGACCGCGGCUACUGCCGUGGGUCGUACCCUACCUACCCUACCUACCUACCUACCUGA